CAUCAUGGUCUCUUUGCGGUUUAUUUUGCUGUUUCUGGCCCCUUACUACUUCCUGGAUAGAGUUUCGGCUGUGACCUGUGACCUUGCCCCCACGGAUGCCGGCUGCAUAGACUGUCGGGUUUACCCCACCCACAUCGAGUGCUUGCAGCGACUUUGGGCUCCAGCCACCACUGCAGCCCCACUGAUCGUGGCCACCACCAGGAGAUCCCGAGUCGGCAGGAUUCGCAACUUCUUCAGUAGCUUCCUUACACGGGUCAGAAGUAAAAGUUGGUUCUGA